AUGUCGAUGUCAUCUAAGUUUUGGACUCAGCAGGAUGAUGAGAGUGAGACUGAAGAGGAAGCAAGCGAAUACGACGAGCAGGAAGAAAAUGACCCCGCUGACCAGCAGACUUCCGCUAAGCCCGUGAGUAAAUACAUAAUCUCCCAAGACAGCGACAGUGAUGACUCAGAUGGGCAGCGCCGAGUUGUCCGACGUGUCAAGGACAAGCGUUUCGAUGAGAUGGCAGCCACUGUCGACCAGAUGCGCAAUGCUAUGAAGAUCAACGAUUGGGUCAGCCUCCAGGAGAGCUUUGAGAAGAUCAACAAGCAGCUGGGCAAGGUCAUGCGGGCCACCGAGUCUGACCGGGCCCCUGGCCUCUACAUCAAGGCCCUUGUAAUGCUGGAGGACUUCCUUAACCAGGCUCACGCCAACAAGGAGGCCAAGAAGAAGAUGAGCACCAGCAAUGCCAAGGCACUCAACUCCAUGAAGCAGAAGCUCAAGAAGAACAACAAGCUUUAUGAGGAUCUCAUCAACCAGUGCCGGGAGAAGCCCGAGCUUUUUGAGGAGAAGCCAGAUAACGAGCCUGAGGAUGAUGAAGAUGACGAGGAUGAUGAUGGGGAUGAUGAUUUUGACGAGGACCCUGCGGCCCUUGUUUCAGAGGAGAGUGAGGAUGAAGAUGAGCCUGAUAAGGAUGAUGGCCCGAGUGGGCCUGGGUGGGAGAAGAUGCUGAGCAAGAAGGAUAAGAUGAUGGACAAGCAGUUCAAGGACCCUAGUCAGAUCACGUGGGACAUUGUGAACAAGAAGUUCAAAGAGGUUGUCGCCGCCAGGGGUAAAAAGGGGACUGGGAGGAUGGAGCUGAUCGAGCAGCUCACUUUUUUAACCCGGGUUGCCAAGACGCCAGCUCAGAAGCUCGAGAUUCUCUUCAGUGUUGUCUCUGCACAGUUUGAUGUGAACCCAGGCCUGAGCGGGCACAUGCCAAUCAAUGUGUGGAAACAGUGUGUGCAGAACUUGCUUGUGAUACUGGAUAUCCUGACUCAGUAUCCGAAUAUCGUUGUUGAUGAUAUGGUGGAGCCUGAUGAGAACGAAACCCAAAAAGGUGCGGACUUUAAUGGCACGAUUAGGAUAUGGGGAAAUCUGGUGGCAUUUCUUGAGAGGGUAGAUGUGGAGUAUUUUAAGAGCCUUCAGGUUAUUGAUCCACACACACGUGAGUAUGUCGAGAGGCUCAAGGACGAGCCCAUAUUUCUGACUCUUGCUCAGAAUGUUCAGGAAUAUCUGGAGCGGGUUCGUGAUUUCAAGGGUGCUUCUAAAGUGGCCCUCAAACGGGUUGAGCUUGUGUAUUAUAAGCCACAAGAGGUGUAUGAUGCUAUGAGGAAACUGGCUGAGCUAGAUAGUGGGGAAGCAUCUGAGGAAAAUAAAGCCAAUGAGGAAGGUAAAGGGCCUCCAGCUUUUCUUCCCACCCCUGAGCUUGUUCCUCGUAGGUCUACUUUUCCCGAAAAUAGCAGGACUUUGAUGGAUAUCCUUGUCACCCUUAUUUAUAAGUAUGGUGAUGAACGGACUAAGGCUCGUGCAAUGCUUUGUGAUAUAUACCACCAUGCAAUUUUGGAUGAAUUCUCUACAUCUCGAGACUUGUUACUCAUGAGUCACCUUCAGGACAACGUUCAACACAUGGAUAUUUCUACCCAAAUACUCUUCAACAGGGCCAUGGCACAGCUUGGCUUGUGUGCUUUUAGAGUGGGACUUGUUACUGAAGCCCAUAGUUGUCUCUCGGAACUGUAUUCAGCUGGAAGGGUGAAGGAACUGCUGGCCCAGGGUGUCUCUCAGAGCAGGUACCAUGAGAAGACUGCGGAGCAGGAACGUCUAGAGAAGAGACGCCAAAUGCCCUACCACAUGCACAUAAACCUGGAGCUUCUAGAAGCCGUACACCUAAUAUGCGUAAUGCUCCUUGAGGUCCCGAACAUGGCUGCCAAUGUCCACGACGCCCGGCGAAAAGUCAUCAGCAAGAACUUCCGCAGGCUGCUUGACGCAAGCGAACGCCAGACCUUCACGGGCCCGCCUGAGAAUGUCCGGGACCACAUCAUGGCCGCCACCCGGGCCCUCAGGCAGGGCGAUUUUGACAAAUCCUUCUCGGUUAUCAACUCCCUCGACAUCUGGCGACUACUUAGAAACAAGGAUCACGUGCUCGGCAUGCUCAAGGCCAAGAUCAAAGAGGAAGCCCUCCGAACCUACCUCUUCACUUACUCCUCGUCAUAUGACUCAAUCAGCCUCGAUCACCUGUCCAAAAUGUUUGACCUCACGGAACCUGAGACACGUAGCAUAGUGAGUAAGAUGAUGAUCAAUGAGGAGCUGCAUGCCAGCUGGGACCAGCCGACUGGAUGCAUCGUGUUCCACGAGGUGGAGCACACCAGAUUACAGGCGCUGGCUUUCCAGCUCACCGAGAAGCUCACCAUCCUGGCCGAGACCAACGAACGGGCCAUCGAGGCCCGUUUAGGUGGGAUUUCUCUGGAAGGUGGUGGACUUCCGGUCAGGCGCAAGGAUGGGCAGGACUAUGCGGGGCCCGUGGGCUCGGUAGGCGGGGCCAGUGGCAGGUGGCAGGAGUUUUCAUUUUCCGGUGGCCGGCAGGGGAGCAGCGGUGGUGGUAGGCAGGGUUAUAAUAAUGCUGGCGGCAAUCGGGGAACUGGCUCGGGCCUUGUCGGAGGGGGUUAUAAUAGGGACCGUCAGGGAAGGACGGGCCGUUACCAGGGCUCUAGAAAUCAGGAUGGGCCAGGCCGGGCAUAUCAGACGGGCCUGGGCGCCAGGGGCGGCCAGAUGGACGGGUCGACCCGGAUGGUUAACCUGAACAGGGGUUCUUAUGUAUGCCAUGCGGAAGUCAAUGCUAUCUUGAAUACGAAUCACGCGUCUGCUGCAGGGCAAAAGCUUUAUGUCACAAUGUUUCCUUGCAACGAAUGCGCGAAGAUAAUUAUUCAGUCGGGCGUUUCGGAGGUUAUCUACUAUGUGGAGAAGAGAAUAGAUAAUAAGGAUGCUGCUUAUGUUGCUUCUCACAAACUUCUAUCCAUGGCAGGUGUAAAACUUCAUCACGGACUUCAUGCCAAAUUUUUCCAUAAGGUAGCUCAAGGCAUCGAAAAAGCCAUAGGCUUCGACAAGUCGGCUUCCAAGCUCUACGCAACAAUCGACCUCGAAAAAACCACGGUGGCUCGCACUCGAGUCAUCGAGCCCCGACACUCAAACCCGAGCUGGCAUGAAUCUUUCCACAUCUACUGCGCUCACACGGCCACCAAUCUCUCGUUCACCGUCAAAGUCAACAACCCCAUAGGAACACACCUCAUCGGACGAGCUUACGUUCCGGCCAAUGACCUAAUUCACGGCGAUGAAGUCGACAGGUGGCUCGAAAUCCUCGACCACCACCACAAACCGAUACACGGCCACUCCAAACUCCACGUGAAGCUACAAUUUUAUGACGUCAUGCGCGAACGAUGUUGGUCGCGCGGGCUAAAGAGCGCGAACUUCCCGGGUGUUCCCUACACAUUCUUUCCACAACGGAAAGGAUGCAGAGCAACUCUGUAUCAAGAUGCGCACGUUCCCGACAAUUUUAUUCCAAAAAUACCCCUACGCGGCGGGAAGCACUACGAGCCGCAUAGGUGUUGGGAGGACAUCUUCGACGCGAUAUCCGAAUCGAAGCAUUUGAUUUACGUGGCCGGAUGGUCAGUCUACACGGAAAUCACGCUAAUACGCGAUACUAAAAGGCGGCCCGGUGGAGAUAAUAUUACUCUCGGCGAGCUACUCAAGAAGAAGGCCGACGAGGGGGUUCGGGUUUUGAUGCUCGUGUGGGACGACCGGACGUCGGUCAAGCACUUGAAGAAGGACGGAGUGAUGGCCACGCACGACGAGGACACGGGAAGCUAUUUUCACGGGACGAGCGUGCAUUGCAUAUUGUGCCCUCGUAAUCCGGACGACGGCUCGAGUAUAGUUCAAGGCCUACAAGUGGACACUAUGUUCACUCAUCACCAGAAAAUCGUGGCCGUUGAUUCUCGAUUGCCGAGCGUAGAUGAAACAAGGAGGAGAAUCGUGAGCUUCAUAGGCGGCAUAGAUUUAUGCGACGGGAGGUACGACACACAAAGGCAUUCCCUAUUUGGGACGCUGGCCGGGCCCCACUUUGAUGAUUUUCAUCAGUCGAAUAUUCGUGGGGCGAGCAUACAUAAAGGCGGUCCUAGAGAGCCGUGGCACGAUAUCCACUGCCGGCUUGAAGGACCGGCUGCUUGGGACGUGCUUUAUAAUUUCGAGCAGAGGUGGCGAAAACAGGGCGGGAAGGACGCGUUGUUGCUUCCGCUGAUCGAGAUGUCGAACGUUUUGAUCCCACCUUCACCUGUCACACUCCCCGAUGACUACGAGACAUGGAAUGUUCAGGUGUUCCGGUCGAUCGAUGGUGGCGCGGCUUUCGGUUUCCCCGAGUCACCCGAGCAAGCGGCCAAGUCCGGAUUGAUCAGCGGCAAGGACAACAUCAUCGACCGAAGCAUACAAGACGCCUACAUUCACGCUAUCCGGCGUGCGGACAAGUUCAUCUACAUCGAGAAUCAAUACUUCACGGGGAGCUCGUUUUCCUGGGGCUCGAACGAUAUCAACGUUCACGAAGUGAGGGCACUAAGCCUGAUUCCGAAGGAGAUUUCGUUGAAAAUCGUCAGCAAAAUAGAAGCUGCCGAGGAAUUUAAGGUUUAUGUGGUGAUCCCUAUGUGGCCCGAGGGGUACCCGGAGAGUGGUGCUGUGCAGACAAUUUUGGGUUGGCAGAGGAGGACUAUGGAGAUGAUGUACAUCGACAUAGCAAAAGCGAUCAAGUCGAAGGGGAUAAAAGCCAAUCCUCGAGAUUAUUUGACGUUCUUUUGCCUCGGGAAUAGGGAGACGAAGAAGAAUGGAGAGUACGAGCCACCACGAAAACCGGUAGCCGGUUCGGAUUACUAUAGAGCUCAGGAGGCUAGGAGGGGUAUGAUUUAUGUCCAUGCCAAGAUGAUGAUUGUUGACGACGAGUACAUAAUCAUAGGCUCGGCAAAUAUCAACCAGAGGUCAAUGGAUGGUGCUCGGGACUCAGAAAUCGCGAUGGGAGCCUAUCAGCCACAUCACUUGUCCUGCAAGCGUAAUCAGCCGGCCAGGGGUCAAAUUCACGGUUUUCGAAUGGCAUUAUGGUACGAGCAUGUGGGCCAGCUGGACGAUGCCUUCUGUUAUCCCGAAAGCUUAGAGUGUGUUCGAAAGGUUAAUCAAAUUGCGGAAAGGAAUUGGAGCCUCUACACAAGUGAGACUUUUGAGCAGGAUUUGCCGGGACAUUUGCUUAGAUACCCGAUUGGAAUCUCGUCCGAUGGUAGAGUUGUCGAGCUUCCUGGGGUAGAGGUUUUCCCGGAUACUAAGGCACGAGUGCUUGGCUCGGGAACUGAAUUCUAUCCGCCGAUCCUCACUACUUAG